AAAGAAAAAAUUCGAAUCCGGAAAAUGGCAGUUUGAAUCCUCGUCCUCUUCCCUACCUUGGCCCGGCGGAUACCUCCACGUCCCCACGCCUGCCCCCGCGCUUCCUUCCGACGGAGAAACUGAAAACCAUUCCGAUCAUCUCUCCGUGAAAUCUCUCUCGCCAAUCACUCGCAGUUCCGGGAAUGGAAAAGUCGAUCAGAAUGCACAAGCCUUCAGCGUCUUUCGAGUACGAGCUCUUUGAUGGAGAUCCUGACCACCUGAGAACAGUUGUGGCUACACCUACACAGACUGUGCCAUGGAUCAAUCCUUUUGAGUUGAAGUUCAAACACAGGAUUGGCCGAGGAACAUUUGGUGAUGUAUGGUUAGCAACACACCAUCAAUCUUCUGAUGACUUUGACGAGCACCAUGAAGUAGCUGUCAAGGUGCUACACCCUCUAAAGGAAGACCUAGGGCAGAAAUUUGUGGAGAAUGUUGAAGGCCUGUUCAUGAGAAUGAGAGAACUCCAAUGCGUUUGUUGGUUGCAUGGUAUCUCAAAGAUAAAUGGCCAGAUUUGCAUUGCAAUGAAAAUCUACGAGGAAUCAAUUGCUGACCAGAUUGCUAGAUCAAAGGGAGGCAAGCUCAAACUACCAGAUGUCUUGAGAUAUGGCAUUGACUUGGCAAGAGGAGUCCUACAGUUACACUCGCUUGGUUUGUUGCUACUGAAUGUCAAACCUUCCAACUGCCUUCUCGAUGAGCACGACCAUUUAGUGAUUGGGGAUUUCGGCAUCCCUUACCUUCUUCUAGGUAUACCUUUGUUGAAUUCAGAUGUAGCCUUGAGGCUUGGAACUCCAAGUUACAUGGCCCCUGAACAAUGGGAACCAGAAGCAAGAGGUCCGUUGUGUCUGGAGACUGAUUCUUGGGGUUUCGGAUGUAGCAUAUUGGAGAUGUUGACUGGGAUUCAACCUUGGUCUGGAAAAUCACCGAAGGAGAUUUAUAAAGCUGUUGUGUUUAAGCAAGAGAGGCCAUCUAUACCUAACGGUUUGCCUCCUGCCGUGGAACAUGUUAUUUCCGGCUGUUUUGAGUAUGAUCCACGAAACCGACCCUUAAUGGAUGACAUCCUGGUUGCAUUUGAGAGCUCGCAGGUUUCUGUUCAAGCCGAUGAAGGAUGGAUUAGUCCACAGCGGGGCAGUAAAUCAUUCCCAGAAAAUUCACCUGUCGUCGGCUAUACAACCUGGUACCUCUCGAAAGAUUAUCUCCAAGUAGACGACACCGUCCGUUCAAGAAAACCCCUGAACGCACAAAAGCCGCAGACCUUACCUCUGCAGAAAGGAACAGUCGUCGGAACAGACUCCGAAAGAUCUGGACUCGUUCUGGUGAAGAUCUCCGGAGUUCACAACCCUGUGAAGAUACAGGAGUCCACCCUCGAGAGGGUUGCAUAUGGUCUUUCAGCUGGUGACUGGGUUCGUCUGAAGGCAGACAACAACUGCAGCAACCACUCUCGUGUCGGCAUUCUCCAUUCCAUCAAACGGAAUGGACGUGCAGCAGUUGGAUUUGCCGGACGUGAAAUCCUCUGGAUGGGAGACGUCUCCAAGCUUGAAAUAGCUCAACCUUACUAUCUAGGCCAAUUCGUACGCCUGAAAGCUGACAUUUCUUCUCCUCGAUUCAGUUGGCCUCGCAAGGGAAGAUCUGUCUGGGCUACUGGCCGAGUCUCACGCGUGCUUCCAAACGGAUGUCUCGUAGUAAACUUCCCAGGACGGUUUGUGUUUGGUGGUGAAGAUUCAGAAUCCUACUUGGCAGAUCCAGAUCAGGUUGAGCUCGUUACCUUCGAUACGUGUCCCGGGAUUGUGGAGAAAUACCGGCACGUGGAGGAUUUUCACUGGGCGGUUAGACCGUUGGCUGUUGCACUGGGCGCAUUCACUGCAAUGAAGCUCGGUAUGUCCGUUGGACGAGCUGUGAGCUGCAAACUUGGGAAGGGGUCGAAGUCGGAUGAGAACAAAGCUGGUGGAAACACGGCUUGGCUCCCUCAUCCUGUUGCCAACAUAAUAAAAGAGAUGCAUUCUUGACCAAACAGGUUCGCCUCCUGCUUCCUGAAUGCCAGGUAGUUGGCAGAACCGUAAAUAAAGCUUCCAAAAUGUACAUGCUGUCGUCGUAUGUUUAAUUCCUUAUGUGUAGGAUUUGUUCCUUUCUGGUGUUCCAGUUUACUGUUUCUUUGCAGUCUUGUUCCAAGUUGUAGAAAGAUGCAGAUACCUGUCUGUAGUGCAUGAAGCGCGAAAACGUUUUCUUUUUUCGUUCUACGAUCAAUAUAUUACAUCAUUCAGCUGCUGCUGAAAGUCUGCAACAUAGUAUAUUUCACUCAUUUCUUUUUCAAUCCUAUAGCUAUGCGGCAUACAUUAAUUGCUGCUCAAAUUGCUAACAAAUGCUGUACAAAUUCGUCACCAACUACCACCAAAAUCAUUCAUACUGCCUGAACGACUUCUUUCGCUUCCUUCUCUGCCGCCCUUGGAGAAGACCGCAGUACCUUCACUCGAAAUGCGGCCUGCACCAGAGGAAAACUCAGAAUCUCAACCAGAAUGCACAGACCUAAUCAAGCAGUUUUACAAAGAAAAGAGAGAGGGAGUACCUUCUUAUCAGAACCAAACUCAAUAGUAUCCGAGGGGUGGAACCGGGUUGGGAAGUUUGGAGGUAUCCUGUACCGUCUCCCUUCAUUGUCUGUGAUGAAGGUUCCAUGUUCGCUCCUGAGAUCCAGCAAGUA